CCGCCCGCUGGGAGCUGUCCAGUGCUGAAACCCCGCGCGGCCAGCCAAUCGCGCCCGGCUGGCCGCCUCCCUCCCGGGGCCCCACGCAAGUGCCCCCACCGAGCCCCUGCCAGUCGCACCAUGCCGCGCUCCUUCCUGGUAAAGAAGAUCAAAGGGGACGGCUUCCAGUGCAGCGGGGUGCCGGCCCCCACCUACCACCCCUUGGAGACCGCCUACGUGCUGCCAGGCGCCCGGGGGCCGCCCGCGGACAACGGUUACUCCCCGCACUGCCUGGCGCCAAGCAGCUACGAUGCGGACCAAAAACCAGGCCUGGAGCUGGCGCCCGCCGAGCCCGCGUACCCGCCGGCGGCAACAGAGGAGUACAGCGACCCCGAGAGCCCGCAGUCGAGCCUGUCGGCGCGCUACUUCCGCGGGGAGGCGGCCGUGACCGACAGCUACUCCAUGGACGCCUUCUUCAUCUCAGACGGGCGCUCGCGGCGACGACGGGGGGGCGGCACCGGGGACGCCGGGGGCGCGGGGGACGCCGGGAGCUCGGGGGGGCGCGCAGGGCGCGCCGGGGCGCCGGCGGGCGGCGGGCACCGGCACGCGUGCGCCGAGUGCGGCAAGACGUACGCCACGUCGUCGAACCUGAGCCGCCACAAGCAGACGCACCGCAGCCUGGACAGCCAGCUGGCGCGCAAGUGCCCGACGUGCGGCAAGGCGUACGUGUCCAUGCCUGCGCUGGCCAUGCACGUGCUCACGCAUAACCUGCGCCACAAGUGCGGCGUGUGCGGCAAGGCCUUCUCGCGGCCCUGGCUGCUGCAGGGCCACAUGCGUUCGCACACGGGCGAGAAGCCAUUCGGCUGCGCGCACUGCGGCAAGGCCUUCGCCGACCGCUCCAACUUGCGCGCGCACAUGCAGACGCACUCGGCCUUCAAGCACUACCGCUGUCGCCAGUGCGACAAGAGCUUCGCGCUCAAGUCCUACCUCCACAAGCACUGCGAGGCCGCCUGUGUCAAGGGGGCCGAGCCGCCCCCGCCGCCCCCUACCGGCCCUGCCAGCUGAGCCUUGAACCGCACCCCCACGCCCGGAACUCUCUCUCCACGCGUCCCCGGGUGCCCCACCCGCGCCCGCUUCGCCCUCUCCAAUCCCUAGCUGCGUUUCCUGCCCACCCCCAUCCCCCGUGGGGACUCCCAUCCCAACCUGAAACUUUUCUCUCCCUCCCCCAAACCCACAACUCAUUUCUGGCAGUUUCCCCUAGCGCACCCCUACCCACAUCGUCCUUUCCAACCACCAAGACUCGGACCUUGAACCCCUGUCCGCGCCCUCACGGCUCCCAACUCAGGCAAGAGGUCCACACCUUUCCAGGACUCUAGACCCGGAAUUUUCUCCCGCCCAAACCCUGCACCUCUCCCCUUCAAUUUUCUUAUCUUCCCUCUCAUUUCUCAGCUCAGUCUCUCUGAUCAUUCCUCUACUGGAGCCCCCAACCUAAGAUCCAAACCUACCCUUGACUCACCACUGUCUCGAUUUCCCCAGAUGCUCCUGACCCAGGCCUGCAGCUCCCACACCACAGCCCCACCCCAGACCAUGCCCCUGCCUCCCAGCUGAGUCUCCCUGGGUGUGCCCAUCUGGGGAUCUAAUCUUAUCCCUCUUGGAGUCCCCAAUCUGUCCCUGAUCCCCCUCCAUACCCAGGCCUUAGGUCCAGCUAGUUCACCCCACUCCCACAUUUCUCACGUUCAUUCACCCACUCCCACCGUAACACAUCCCUUCCCCCGCCCCAGCACUGCAUUUUCUCCAGACCCCUUCAUUCCUCUAGGAGUCCUUAACCCUGAGUUUACCUGACCUGGGGAAGACUUGGGGGGGGCUGUUCAGGGCCCUGCCUCCCUAAUGCAGGCCCUCCCUCCCUGGGCUCCCAGCCUCUAGUUGCCCUCCCCCCCAGAUUCUCUGAGCACUUUCCCCUGCACCCAGGAGUACAGGUACCCCUCCUUAUUCCCUAGGGGGAGGUCUGGGGCACCUCACAAUUGCCCGUCCCCUGUCUCACGACUAGGCCUCUCCAGUUAUUUAUUUGUGAAUUUAUUUAUUUAUCUAUUUAUUACUCUAUUUAUCUCUUGGCCUCACCCAGGGACGAUCUGGCUUCCCCAGCUGGACUGGGAGGACAGGGAGCCAGGCGUGGAGAGGGCCAGCAGAGGCAACGGAAGUCUGUCUCUCCCGCUCACCCGGUGGCAGGCCAUACGGGAGAAGCCCCACUCCCAUCAGAGCCUAAACCCGCUGGGGAAGGGAGCACGAGAACGGAAGGAAGACCCUGCUGACCCUCAGCUGGUGCGGGGGAGGGGGAGGCGUCAGGAGAUCCAGUCAUGGGGCAGGACCCCGCCCUCCUGAGCUUCCACCCUCACCCCAGGGAGCCCAGAGAGAGGAGCCUCCCGGAUUUGUUUGCUAUUUAUUCCUCUUCUCGAGGGACCCUAGGUUCCAGGGACCGACUGAGCCCCGGACCCCACUGGGGCCUCAGGCCCGCUCCCGGGAGGAGCGCUCUCUCCCGGCCACGUCUAUGCAACUCUCCCGGGCAUUGGGGCCGGGGCUGCCAGCCGCCCGCCCGUUUUGGCCGCCACUACCUCCCCCGCCGCGCUUUUGCAUGCCUGGGCGAGGGCCGAAGCACACACCUCCACGCGCCGGGCCCUGACCCCCUCUGCUUUAAGCACACGCCUCUGCCCCGGGGCUCCGCGCCCGGCUCAGGGGUAGGAGUCCUGGACUCUUCGAACCCCCCACCCCCCAAGGAGGGUAAAGAUUGGAGGGGCCCCUGGAGCUGGGGCACUUCUCAAGGACUUCCAAGGGGGGUGGUCCUUCG